ACAACAAAGCAUUAAAGCGUUAAAGACAAGAACCAAAAAUCAGAAAGCCAACAACUUUUGCACCAAAUCCCAAAACAGCAACAUAGUCAAUGAAAUCACAGCAUUUCUCCAACAAAAAAACUGGGAAUCUUUAUUACGUUUAGUAUCACAUAAGCUAAGCCCAGAUAUUGUUCACUCAGUUAUUACAAAACAGGUAAAUGAUCCUAAACGUUUGUUAGAUUUCUUCUACUGGUUUCAGUCUCAAAUGGGUUUCUCUCAAAAUUUACAAUCCUUUUCAAUGCUUGCAUUGAUUUUAUGCAAUUCAGGGCUUUUUUCUAGGGCUGAUAGUGUUGUAAGUCAAAUGAUAAUGAUGUCUAGUAGUGGAUAUUUAGAGAUUUUGGAUUCAUUUAUUAAGUCUUAUAAAGAGUUUGAUUGGAAUAAUGGUAGUAAUAAUAAUUGUGGGGUGGUUUUUGAGUUGUUGAUUGAUGGGUAUAAAAAGGAAGGGCUUUUUGACGAGGCUGUUAGUGUUUUUUUGGGUGCUAAAAGGAAUGGUUUUGUUGCUGGCUUGUUGUGUUGUAAUGGGUUGUUGAGUGAUUUGUUGAAAGCUAAUAGAUUGGAUUUGUUUUGGAGAGUUUAUAAUGGGAUUUUAGAGGCUGAUGUGGUGCAUGAUGUCUAUACUUAUACUCAUUUAAUCAAUGCACAUUUUAGAGCAGGGAAUGUCAAGGAGGGCAAACAUCUGCUUUUCGAAAUGGAAGAGAAGGGUUGUAGUCCUAGUUUGGUUACUUACAAUGUGGUGAUUGGUGGGUUGUGUAGGGUUGGGAACGUUGAUGAAGCGUUUGGGUUGAAGAAGUUGAUGGUUGAUAAGGGUUUGGUUGCAGAUGUUUUUACUUAUAGUAUACUUAUUGAUGGGUUUUGUAAACAGAAGAGAUGUAGUGAGGCAAAACUGAUGUUGGAAGAGAUGUUUAGCAAGGGUUUAAAACCUGACCACGUUGCUUAUACUGCUUUGAUUGAUGGGUUCAUGAGACAAGGUGACAGUGGAGAAGCAUUUCGGGUUAAGGAGGAGAUGCUUGCUCAAGGAGUUAAAUUGAAUCUUUUUACGUAUAAUGCUCUCGUUAAAGGGGUGUGUAAGUUUGGUGAUAUGGAGAAGGCAAAUGCGCUUUUGAAUGAAAUGAUUAUGGUGGGGAUAAAACCUGAUACCCAGACUUAUAAUAAUAUGAUUGAGGGAUAUUUGAAGGAACAUAAUACAGCACAGGUUAACGAGUUAUUGGCUGAGAUGAAGAAGAGGAACUUGGUGUCCACUGCAUACACUUUUGGCAUUAUAAUCAAUGGUCUAUGUCGUCAUGGAGCUAUUGAAGAUGCCAGUAGAGUAUUUGAGAGCAUGGUUUCUCAGGGCGUGAAACCAAAUGCUGUAAUCUACACAACUUUAUUAAAAGGUCAUGUUCAGGAAGGCAGAUUACAAGAGGCAGUGAGGAUUUUAAAGGUAAUGGGAAGUAAAGGGGUUCAACCUGAUGUAUUCUGCUAUAAUUACAUUAUCAUUGGCCUCUGCAAGGCCAAAAGAAUGGAAGAAGCAAAGGAUUAUCUGGUUGAAAUGAUAGAGAGGGGACUUAAGCCAAAUGUGUAUACUUAUGGGGCUUUAAUACAUGGAUAUUGCAAGUCAGGGGAAAUGCAAGUAGCUGACAGGCACUUCAAGGAGAUGCUAGGUUGUGGUAUAGCACCAAAUGAUGUUGUUUGCACAGCUCUGAUCGACGGGCAUUGUAAGGAGGGUAGCACUAUGAAAGCCACUUCAAUUUUUAGAUAUAUGCUUGGACAGGCAGUGCAACCAGAUGUGCGGACUUACAGUGCCCUCAUCCACGGUCUCUCAAGGAAUGGGAAACUUCGAGAAGCAAUGGAGCUGCUAUCCGAAUUUCUCGAAAAGGGUUUGGUGCCUGAUGUCUUUACUUACAACUCUAUCAUUUCUGGCUUUUGCAAGCAAGGUGGUAUAGGGGAGGCGUUUCAACUUCACGAAGACAUGUGCCAAAAGGGCAUCAGUCCUAACAUCACCACUUACAAUACUUUGAUCAAUGGGCUAUGCAAGGCAGGUGAGAUUCAAAAAGCCAGGGAACUGUUUGAUGGAAUUCCAGGAAAGCGUUUGGCGCAUAAUGGUGUGACCUAUGCGACUAUCAUAGAUGGAUAUUGCAAAUCUGGAAAUCUAAGCGAAGCAUUUCAGUUAUUUGAUGAGAUGACAUCGAAGGGAGUUCCACCUGAUAGCUUUGUCUAUAGUGCCCUCAUUGACGGAUGUCGCAAAGAAGGAAAUACUGAAAAGGCCCUCUCCCUAUUCUUAGAAACAGUGCAGAAGGGCUUUGCUUCCACUUAUUCUUUCAAUGCUUUGAUCGAUGGAUUCUGCAAGUCUGGGAAGGUGAUUGAAGCUAAUCAGUUAUUGGAAGACAUGGUUGAUAAGCACAUCAAACCAGAUCAUGUGACCUACACAACUCUGAUUGAUUAUCAUUGCAAGACAGGGCUGAUAAAGGAAGCAGAGCAAUUCUUUGUAGAUAUGCAAAAGAGGAAUCUGAUGCCAAAUACUUUAACUUACACAGCUCUUUUAUGUGGUUACGACAGAGUGGGGCGCAGAUCUGAAAUGUUUGCUCUUUUUGAUGAAAUGGUUGCAAGAGGUAUUGAGCCUGAUGAUGUUACCUGGAGCGUGAUGAUUGAUGCUCAUUUCAAAGAAGGUGACUAUGUGAAAACUUUGAAGCUGGUGGAUGACACGUUCAAGGGUGGUAAUGUGAGCAAAAAUGUGUGUAGUUUGCUAAUUGAUGCAUUGUGCAGAAAGGAACCUGUUUCUGAGGUGCUGAAAGGACUUGAGGAAAUUGAAGAGCAAGGGUUAAAUCUCAGUCCUGCUACUUGCAGCACCCUAGUAUGCUGUUUACACAAAGCAGGCAAAAUGGACAGUGCAGGCAGGGUCUUAGAGAGCAUGGUUAGAUUCAAAUGGGUUCCAGACUCCACUGAGUUAAAUGACUUAAUCAAUGAAGACGGAGACAGUACAAACUCUGAGAAUGCUGGUGAUUUCUUAAAGCAAACGGCAUGGGAAGUUGCUUACCAGGUGCGGGCCUGA